ACCAUUGGCCUGCAGACAGCCCGACCCCCGGCGACCACAGCCCGACCCCGGCGACCACAGCCCGACCCCCGGCGACCACAGCCCGAACCCCGGAGACCACAGCCCGAACCCCGGAGACCACAGCCCGACCCCCGGCGACCACAGCCCGACCCCCGGCGACCACAGCCCGACCCCUGGGGAACCGGACCAGCUUCUAGCUGCUCUGAAACCGCCCACACCGAGGAGGACGAGCCGCAGGACAACCAGGCGGAUCCCAUCGGUGUGUGUGCCAUGGUGGAGGUGGUGGCUGUGAGUGGUAUUCAGGUGAAGAGCCAGCAGGUAGGUGAGGCAGAACUGACCGUAGCCCAGCGGAGAGAGGAGCUGCUGGGACAAUACCGGACCAAGCCCCUGGUGUUCCUGGAGCGAUACCAGGCCCACCUGAAGCCACAGCACCUGUCAGUAUUCUGCCAUCUGACCUCUGACCCCCGGGCGCAGUACUACUGCCGGGAGGUGAGGCGGAGAGCAGCGGGACGGACCAACAGGACCCGGGUACGCAACCAACGCUACGCUGCCCUCAGGGAGCUGCAGAGGGGGGGCCAGUACUUCAGUGAGGACCAGAUGAGAAGCAGGGAGCCCCUACUGUAUGAGCAAUACAUCGGCCAAUACCUGACUGAGGAGGAGCUGCUACAUCGCUCCCUCGAGGCCAUGCAGGGAGGAGCAGGGGAGGAGCGGGGGCCGGGGGGAGCAGAGGGGGGGCUGGCCCACCUCCUCCUCACCUCCUACCAGGAGAGACUGAUCCAGAACCGGCUGCAGGAGGAGCAGGACAGGGAGGAGAACGCACUGGAGGGGGAGGAGGUGAAGUGGACGGGAACCCCGACUACGACAACCUGGACAUCGUCAACAGAGAUGCAGAGGAGAAGUACUUCGAUGAGGAUGAAGAGGAGGAGGAGGAAGAGGAGGAGGACAUGACUAUAGAUGUGUCCUGAUAGCAGCUGUCAUUGGACUGUAAUAUAAUAACGUCUGUAAUAACUAUACUAUUUAAUGUUUCUACUCUGUUUAUUCUCCUCACAUUCAUUUAAUAUUCAGUUUGCAUGGAUAGCAAUAAAUCAUGUGUGUUUACGCA